UCCACAGAGGCAUCACUUCAUCAUCAACAACCGAAGAGAAUAACUUCCAAGACAUCAUGUUGAAGUUGACUGUCUUCUUGGGGAUCAUUGCUGCAGUCCUGGCAGUACCUAAACCAGAACCGGAUGUCCUCGCGGCAUCACUCAUCCAAGCACCACUCGCCACGAGUUACUCCAACAGUUAUCACGUAUCAUACAAGGCCCCGCUGAUUGCAUCCGCUCCAAUCAUCGCACCAGCUCCAGCAAUCGCAUACACUGCACCCAUUGCAGUACUCUGAAUCAUGAAGCAGUGGUCAUGGCCAUCGGUCUGAAGCCCAUCAAUUUGAACAUCAGAGCUCUCUUUCAUCCAUUCGUAACAAUCAACUCAUGUUCUCAUCUUCGAUUUUUAAAUCGGUCUCCAAUUUACCGAUUGUGAUUAUAAAGUAUCAGCACUCAGAGAAAUAAAAUUGAAAUACCAAACAAAGAA